AAAAGGGAAGGGCGUCCUACCCACCGCGGGACGAUUCCCCCACGCUUCAGAGGCUCCUGAGGGUCACGGCUGCUGACUUUAGCCAGGCAGCGCGGAAGUGCCGUGGCUACUACCACUGCAACUUGGGUUUUUUCUUUUCCUGCCCCUUUUUCCGCUCAGAACUGCACAGCGGGGGUGCCCUGAAGCUCUUCCCAGAGCUGGGCCUCCGGGGCUCUCACUCGGGUUUGUGCAGUAGAGGGGAGCGUUGGUGUGUGUCUUAGUAGUCACUGAAAAGUGUGUUUGUGAGCGUGGGGGCGGUGUGCGUGCGUGUCAGAGGACAGACAGGAAGGGAGGGCGCUGAACGCAUCUGCGACCCCCACUGCAGCGUCGCUUAGUCAGAAGCUUCUGCGGCCCGGCUGCUCUCCAGGAUGAAGUCUCCCCACAAAGUCCUUUUGGUGGCUCCUCUGUUCUUUCUCCUGACGUUUCACACCUCGGCCUUUCCAGCCCAGGACGACCAGCCUGGCACCAGACCCUCCAACGGCCACAUCUGCAUAGGGUGUGUGGUAGUGGUAUCUGUGAUCGAACAGCUUGCUCAAGUUCACAACUCUACAGCCCAGGCGUCGAUGGAGAGACUGUGCAGCUACCUGCCUGAACAACUGUUCUUGAAGAGCACCUGCUACUUAGUGGUUAGCAUGUUUGGACCAGAUAUCAUAAAACUGCUUAGUGCUGAUAUGAAUGCCGAUGUGGUGUGUCACACCCUGGAGUUUUGUAAACAGGAUGCUGGCCAACCUCUGUGUCAUCUCUACCCACUUCCCAAGGCGCCAUGGGAAUUUACACUGGAGAAGGCAAGACAGAUGGUCAAGAGAUCCCCGACUCUGAAAUAUUCCAGAAGCGAUUCUGAUAUUUGUUCGCUCCCAUUUUUGGUCAAGAUCUGUCAGAAGAUCAAAUUAGCUAUAGAAAAUUCUGUGCCAUUCAAAGAUGUCGAUUCAGACAAAUACAGCAUUUUUCCAACACUGCGUGGCUACCACUGGCGAGGGAGGGACUGCAAUGACAGCGACGGGACGGUGUACCCAGGCAGAAGGCCAGACGACUGGGAUAUACAUCAGGACUCCAACUGCAAUGGCAUUUGGGGUGUUGAUCCAAAAGAUGGCAUUCCAUAUGAGAAGAAAUUCUGUGAAGGUUCACAGCCCAGGGGGAUCAUACUGCUGGGAGACUCAGCUGGGGCUCAUUUCCGCAUCUCUCCCGAAUGGAUCACAGCUUCGCAGAUGGCCUUGAAAUCCUUCUUCAAUUUACCAACAGCUCUUACCAACGAGCUCAACUGGCCCCAACUCUCUGGUGCAACUGGAUUUCUGAACGGAAUUAAAGAAAACUCUCUCUACCUCCGUUUACGAGAAAGAAACCACUGCAAUCACAGAGACUACCAGAAUCUUUCCAAAAAUGGUGCAUCUUCCCAAAACCUGAAGAAAUUUAUAGAAAGUUUGUCUAGGAACCAACUGUUGGACCACCCAGCCAUCGUCAUAUAUGCCAUGAUUGGGAAUGAUGUCUGCAAUGGGCGGAGAGACCCAGUCCCAGAAAUGACCACUCCUGAGCAACUGUAUUCCAAGGUCACAGAGACUCUGAAGUUUCUAAAUUCCCACCUGCCGAAUGGCAGCCAUGUUUUCCUAUCCGGCUUACCAGAUGGAACCUUUCUCUGGGAUAAUCUACACGACAGAUAUCAUCCUCUCGGCCAGCUGAAUGAGGACGUGACCUAUGACCAGUUCUACACCUUCCUGAGCUGCCUCCAGGUCAGCCCCUGCCACGGCUGGAUGUCUUCCAACAAGACACUCCGGACUCUCACUUCACAGAGGGCAGAACAACUCUCCGAUACACUGAAAAAAAUUGCAACCAGCCAGAGAUUUACAAACUUCAAUCUUUUCUACGUGGAUUUUGAUUUCCAAGAAAUCACGAAGGAGUGGCAGAGGAGAGGCGGGCAGCCCUGGCAGCUCAUCGAGCCCGUCGAUGGAUUCCACCCCAAUGAGGUGGCUUUGCUGCUGUUGGCAGAUCGCUUCUGGAACAAGGUGCAGCGUCAGUGGCCUGAGGUCCUUGGAAAGGAGAAUCCCUUCAACCCCCAGAUCAAACAGGUGUUUGGAGACCAAGGAGGACACUGAGUCCCUCGGUGACAUGCGCUCCUAAGGAGCUCAGGGAAACAAAACCUUGGGUAAACUUACUCAGCAAACAGUGAUGGGGGCUGCUGUGUCGCAGGCUCACAGGACGCUUCCUUAGCCGCAUCUUUGCAAAGUGCUUUUCUCUCAUUUGAGAGCAUGCCUGAGUGACAGUACGAUUCUGUGUGCUUCUGGAUCAGCUCCCCUCCACAUGACCCUCAGAUAAUCUUUAAUAAAGUGCAUCAGGUACCAUUCCAAGCAAGAGAGUGUCUGUGCCCUUGAAUGGCUAAUUGUUCCUAAAACCAAUAAGAAAUCCAGCAUGUUCAGUGACUUCCCCUGGUCUUGGUGGCCAGGGGCCUGACCCUCCGUGACUGUUGACAACGAUGGCUCCUCCCAGCGGAAGGCUGCUGACAGGCUGCCGAGAACCUUCACUGUACAACAUAAAUCUAUAAAUACAAAAUUGGGUACCGACUUGAAUAUGUAGUUAGAACGAGUGAAGAAAUCACAACGAUUUACAAAUUUUUAAAAGUUCACAAGUACGUAAACCCUGAAGAAUCCAGAAAAAUGUGACAAUUCUUUCUUUAAAAGAUUUUCUUACAUAUUUGGCUGCAUAAUCUGAUCACCUCUUCCUAUAACAAUGACUUUGUGAUUUUAUCGUCUAUAGAUAGAACAGAAAAUAAAGUUUGUUACUCACUA